GCUCACUUGGUUUCAAGCUACUAGACUGCUAUAUACCUCCGUACCGCACUGUCUAAAGUGUAGUUCAGAUCUCCGCCCAUUUAUUACAUGCAGAAAAGCGUUGGGGUGCGAUAAUUAGAGUUAUUUGAAGGAUAAAAUGGCGGUGUCCAGCUCGAAAAGUGCACUCUCUGUUGGCCAGAGGCUGUGGAACUCCCUGUCUGCCUGGGCUGUUCGUAAUGCUGGGUACCAGAAAUAUGGUCUACGCAGGGAAGAUUUGUACAUGGAAGAGGAUCCUGCUGUAGCAGAAGCCAUUCGUAGACUUCCACAGGAGGAACAAGACCUCAGACUGUGGCGUUUGAAGAGAGCCCUGGACCUAUCCAUGAAGAAGAGCAUCUUACCUAAGGAGCAGUGGACAGCUGAUGAAGAGUGUGCCAGUUGCAGAGGGACAUGUGGGAAAAUCCCACACUCAGAAGAUUAGGACAAACUGUAUAUGAGGCCAUAUAUACUGGAGGUGAGAAACGAGAUGGAAGAGCGUGAAAAGCUGAACAAGCAGUAACUUCAUCUUCAGUUGCUAGGCUCAGUGUUUGCUGUCAUGUAUAUAUGUAUCUAUGUAUAUAGUGUUGAGAGUUUAGUGAUCUACAAUGUUAUCACUAAGUAUGGUAGUAAAUCGGUAAUUUAUUUAUUCAAGAAAGUCAGUUUUCAAAAUUCUUCUUCUUGUUGUCGUUGUUCAGUUUAGACAAGCGUAUCUCAAAACCAGGAAAGAUAUUGAGAUGAAACUUUGCAGAGACAUUGUAAUCCAUGAC